CCCAGCUCUUCAAAUAUAAUCCAAUCUAGCGGUAAAAAGAUUUAGGUAUCAACUGUUCCUCAAAUAUAGUUCAGUUGCAGGGGACGAAAGGAGAAAUAUGCAUGAAAGUACGCCCGAGUUCUGCUUCAAUUUGAAUACUUCUCCCGAACGACACCAUUUUGACGCCCACAAGAAAUUCCCCGCUCAGUAUAAAGCAGAGGAAGCCGUUACUUUGACACAUGCCAAAGGGGAAACGGAAACUAGCUGCGUUUUUGUGGAGGGAAAUACGGCUGGGAUUCAAACGGAGAAUGAUAGUAGUGGUACAAUUGGUUUUCCGGCGCCGGCGGAGCUACUGGUAAAGCGUAGAAGAGGAAGGCCACCUAAGAGUAGCAAGGCGAAACCUUUUUCUAGGGAAGCUGAAUCGUACGGUGUUUAUCUUGAGGAAAAUAAAAGCGGGACUCAAACGGAAAAUGAGGGUAGUCAUAGGAAGGAGUUUCCUGCGGCUGUCGAACAGCGGGCAAAGCCAGUGAAUCGGAAAGAUGGGUCUCUGCAAGAACAGAAGCGUAAAAGAGGAAGGGCCCCAAAGGGUAGUAGUAGUAAGAUUGAUUUUCCAUCGGAGGGAGGGAAUUCGGAGACAAAAAUGAAAGAUUCGAUGGAAGCAGAGAAACUUCCCUCUUUGAAGCAGGGAUAUCCUCCCAAGAAAAGAGGAAGACCGCCUAGGGCGGGAGCUGCGAAUGGUGGAGAUUAUAAAGGAAAAGAUCUUCCUGGGGAAAGUUUGGAGCCCGGGAAGGCGGUGGAAAGUGGGGUUGUAAGGGACGGCGAAGUUCUUGGCAUUUCUUGGCCUAAAAAGGAAGGAAAUUGUGGGGGUGGUGUUCUUACUCAUGUGGAAAUAGGAGAUAUGCAUAAGCCUGUUCGUAGAAGAGGAAGACCGCCAAAAAGUAAAAAUCUACCUGGAAAUGGUGAUGCUUUUAUAGGAAAAGGAAAAGAUUGUGCCGAGAAAGGUAGUUCAAAGUCUAAGAAAGAAGAGGCAGAAAAUUCCAACCUGAUGUAUUGUAAAGGAGAAGCAGAAGGAAUUGAAGAAGGAGACAGUGAAGAAGAAGAUAUAUGGAAAAUGGAGACUGAGAAAGAAGUGCCUUCUAGUGAGAAUAAGAGUACAAAUAGAAGAACAGGUAAUGAACUUUGGAAAAACACAUGCCACCAAUGUAAGAGAAAUGACAAAGGGAGGACUGUUCGUUGCACCAGCUGCAAUACAAGGAGAUACUGUUUGGUUUGCAUCUCGAGAUGGUACCCUGGCAUGCCAGAAGAGGCUUUUGCAAAAAAAUGCCCUGUGUGUCACCAUAACUGCAAUUGCAAAGCAUGCUUGAGAUUGGAUGGGUCUUUAAAGAAAAUGAAUAAAUCAAAAUUUAAAGUUAGCUGUGAGGACAAGGUUCAAUACUCGAAACAUAUUUUGAGAGCGCUUCUGCCUUUCUUGAGACAAUUCAAUGUGGAUCAAACGAGGGAGAGAGAGGUUGAAGCUAAAAUACAAGGAGUAACCCCUUCAGACGUACAUAUAGAAAGAGCCAUUUGCGACGAGAAUGAACGAAUGUAUUGCAGCAAUUGCAGCACAUCAAUUUUUGAUUAUCAUAGAAGUUGUUCAAAGUGUUCCUUUGACCUUUGUCUUACCUGCUGCCAAGAGCUGAGGAAUGGCCACUUACAGGGGAAUGAAAAAGUAGUUUUCGAAUACAUUAACAAUGGGAUAGGCUAUCUGUAUGGUGACACUGAUAGCAAACCUGUUAGUGAAGGAAGACGCAAAAGGACUGAUGAAAAACUUGCUGUUGAAGACUUUGGGUUAAAAUCCAGUGAAGAAGAUAUUGUGUUAGAAUUUGAAAUGAAACCCAAUCAUAUUGAUGAAGAACUUCCUGGUGAGGGAAUUGAGUUAAAAUCUGAAGUGAAACCGACUGAGAGUGAUGGUGAUUGCUGCAUAGAAUGGAAAUCUAGGGGGAAAGGUGACAUUCCUUGUCCUCCAAAGAACAUGGGUGGUUGUAAUGAGGGAGCCUUAGUAUUAAAACACCUGUUGGAGAAAAAUUAUGUUUCAGAGUUAAUAGCCAGAGCAGAAGAAAUAGCAAAUACUUGCAUGUUGAACGAAUUAUCUGGGUUUCCUGAUCUAUGGUGUUCUUGUUUGAGAACUUUUAGCAAGAAUGAACUCAGUGACAAGCUGUUCAAGGCAGCAUCUCGGGAAGACUCUGCUGAUAACUAUCUGUACCAUCCUGAAGCUAAGGACAUUCAACCUGGGGAUCUGAAUCAUUUUCAAUGGCAUUGGAGUAAGGGACAGCCUGUAAUUGUCAGUAAUGUACUGGAAACUGCAUCAGGGUUGAGUUGGGAACCACAGGUUAUGAUGCGUGCCUUUCGUCAGAAAAGAAGUAAGCAUCAUAUGAUGCUUCUAGAUGUUGUUGCUGUUAACUGCUUGGAUUGGUCCGAGGUUGAAAUUAGUAUUGCCGAUUUUUUUAAAGGAUAUAUGGAAGGCCUGUUUGACCCAAAGAAUUGGCCUUUAGUUCUGAAGUUGAAAGACUGGCCUCCAUCCAAUUUAUUUGAUGAGAUGUUGCCCCGUCAUGCUGCUGAGUUUGAAAGUUGUCUUCCUUUCAAAGCAUUUACUUGUCUUAAAAGUGGGCACUUAAAUCUAGCAGUGAAGCUGCCAAAAGAUUCUUUGAAACCCGAUAUGGGGCCAAAGACGUAUAUUGCUUAUGGAGUUCAUCAAGAAUUAGGGCGUGGGGACUCAGUAACAAAGCUGCACUGUGAUAUGUCUGAUGCGGUGAAUGUACUAACACAUAUUCAUCAAACAAAAUUAGGAAUGGAACACCUUUCAAGUAUACAGAAGUAUAAAGAGCAGCAUGCUGCACAAGAUCUAUUGGAACGGCAGGUCAGCCAGGAGCAAGAGUGUGAAAAUGGAUUUGAUGGGCUAAAUGAAGAAUGUUCUAGACAUGGUACUACUGCAAAUGCAAACUGUGUUGAUCAAGGAAAAAGUGAACCAAAUUGUAUGCAAAAUAUGGUUUGCACUCAUGGCACAAGUGCAAAUAGUGUGUUGGAGGAAUGUGAAAAUACAAGCACUAAUUGUGAACUGCAGUUGAGUAAUAAUAAUGCCCCUGAAGCAUUAGAAGAUAUUUGUGAUGAUGGUGGUGCUCUCUGGGAUAUUUUUAGGAGAGAAGAUGUUCCUAAGUUGGAAAAAUAUCUCAGAAAGCAUUUCAAGGAGUUCAGACACAUUUAUUGUUAUCCAGUGCCGCAGGUAGUUCAUCCUAUACAUGAUGAAACUUUUUACUUGACUGCUGAGCAUAAAAAGAGACUAAAGGAAGAAUACGGGAUUGAACCAUGGACCUUCGUUCAAAAAUUAGGAGAUGCUGUUCUCAUACCAGCCGGCUGCCCACAUCAAGUUAGAAAUUUAAAGUCAUGCAUUAAAGUUGCUGCUGACUUUGUUUCUCCUGAAAGUAUUCCUGAAUGCAUUAGACUGACUGAGGAAUUCCGUACUCUUCCCCAGAAUCAUAGGGCCAAGGAAGAUAAGUUGGAGGUAAAAAAAAUGAUCAUUUAUGCAGUGAAAGAAGCUCUGGAUGAUCUUAGGGGAUGUAUUUCAUAGGGUUGAUAAGUAAUAGAUGAUGUAGACGAGGAAGAAGCAACAAAGCCUUUUAUGUCUGGAGAUGACUUUCUUUGUUGGUCAGCUGCUAAUCAUUUUCUUUGUGGUAUGAUGACUUCUGGAAGGAGAGCUCAGAUGUUUUUCUAUCAUGCUGGAGUGUCCUUUAUUCUUUUUAGCAUUCUUGAAUAAGAACGGGUCAAUUUAUUGCAUACAUUCAUAACAAAUGAAUAAAUGAUGUUGAGAGAAGAAUGUGAAGAUAUAUCACAUAUUGAACCAUACAGUUGCUCUGAGUAGAUGCAAUUAUGCAGUGAGCAUUUUGC